CACUGAUGAUUAUGAGCCCAUAUUUGCAGCCACCGCGAGGGUACAUGGAGGAGGUGGUUGGACUGGUGGCCACACUCGAGGGCAUGGUCCUGCGGAGGGAGGCACAGUUGUCUAUCGCGGGCAUUCAGAUGCCUUCAUGGUCCGGUCAGCCACAGACCAGGCCACCUGGGCCUCCUUGGGGAGCUGGGCCACCUGGGCCAUUUCACGGAGUUGGGCCAUCUGGGCCUUCUCAGGGAGCUGGGCCAUCCAGGCCUUUCCGAGGAGUUGGGCCAUCCAGGCCUUUCCGAGGAGCACGAGGAGGGUCCUCCCGCAGGCGCAGGACACAUGUUGUAGAGGCAGAGCCUGAUGAGGAGGAGGAGGAGGAGGAUGAUGAGGAGGAGGAGGAGGCUACCGAUCGUCAGUCAGAGACAUCUGCUGAGGAGGGGGGCUCCGGUCUUGGUUCGGGGAGUUGGGACAAGGCUGAGGGGGAUCCUGAGGAUGAUAGCUCUGACCCAGACGAUGAUGAUGCUGCAGAGGCUGUCCCGCAAAAGAGGAUGAGGAGUGCUUCUCAUUCCCGCUCCCGGGGACAUUGAUGCUGCUGUUUCCUGCUUUAUUUUUCUUUUUGCUAGUAGUUUGUAGCACUUUGCACAUUGUUAGGCAGUUUUAUUUUCUGUAAAACUUGUACCUUUGUUUGUUGUAAAACAUGAUGGAAUGAAACAGCUUUCGAAAAGGUGUUUAUGUUUCAAACUUUUA